AUGAUGUCGGCCAUGGAAACUAAUAUGGUCUUGAUCUUGACGAUAUUUUAUAAUGCGUAUUUCUUAUUGGCAAUUUCUUCGCAACUUUUAUUACUUUAUCUUAUGUUGAAAUGUCAAAAUCGAUCGCUUCAUGAAAUGCGAAUUUAUUUAUUUAAUAUCCUGGGAUUACAGUUUAUAUCUACAUUUAGCGCGUUUGUACUACAGUGCAGAAUUGUGCCGAGUUCUGGAACAGUAGCAAUGUUAUGCUAUGGACCAUGCAAGUAUCUGGGGAACAUAGUAUGUGAAGUACUAUUCCAUAUUCUUCAAACUUCUUUAAUCGCGUGCGCUACGGCAUUGAUAAUUGCAUUUUAUUAUCGAUACGAAAUGCUUACAAAUAACAGUUUCACAAGAAGUGGUCACUAUAAGCAACUGGUUAUUAGCUAUUGUGUUCCACUGGUUUUUCUAAUAUGCGAAGUUCUUUCUCCAAAUGAUGUUAACAAGCUGGUUGCCGAAUUAACAGUUUUACACCCAACCUAUGGUCUUGAAAACUAUGCCAUUCUUGGAUUUUCGGAUGUUAAAACUGUUGCCGCAUCAUCGCAGACUCUAAUGCUAAUGAUAGGACUUUACGGUACUCCAUUUAUUGCAUUGGUUUUUAGAAAAAAAAUAAUCAAAAUCCUUCAUUCGUCGAGAUCCUAUCACGCUGAAAAGAUUGUGCAGACAAAGAGCAUGAUUCAGGGACUCACUCUCCAAACAUUGCUUCCUUUAAUCUGCUACUGUCCCGGAUUCACGUAUUACAUAUAUUCACAGUAUACCCAAUCGUCAAGUCUUUUCGUAGAAUUUGCAGUCAGCCCAUACGGAUUUGUCUAUACAAUUUUUGACCCACUUCUUACAAUUUACUAUGUGCUCCCGUAUCGAAGAACUUUUAAAGCAAUAUUUUCAAAACAUAACAGCACGACAAGUGCGACUUUUGUCCAUUCAGAAACAGCUAGACGGGUGGCCUGA